GCCCCGUGACGCGCGGCCGCGGGUGCGCAGCUCGUCUCGCGCUGGUUCGUCUCGUGCGCCUCAGUUGAAGUAGCGCAGGAUGCGGCUGUAGCCGUGGUUGUCGGACCCGAAGGCUGUCGCAGACCGCGCUCAUGAUUCCGGAGGAUCGGCUCAGAGACAUGGAGGAGACGGGCGGCGCCAGCGCGUACGGAGCGCCGCUCGCCGGGGGCGGCUUCGACUUCUACAAGUUCAUCCGACAGCCGCAGACGAUCGUGCGGGUCCUCAGCUGGGUGUUCGCCCUGGUGGUGUUUGCCUGCAUCACGACAGAGGGACACAUCAACAGCGUCCACAGCUCAGAGGUUUACUGCAUCUUCAACCAGAACAACUCGGCGUGUCAGUACGCCGUGGGCAUCGGCGUCAUCGCCUUCCUGGCCUGUGUGGCCUUCCUGGUGCUGGACGUGUACCUGCCCUUCAUGAGCAACUCGCAGGAGAGGAAGUACGCUGUCAUGGCGGACCUGGGGUUCUCAGGCGCGUGGACCUUCCUGUGGUUCGUGUGCUUCUGCCUGCUGGCCAGCCUGUGGGGCCGCACCCACGACGUCAGCGGCAUCCCAGAGGACGCGGCUCGUGCCACCGUGGCCUUCUCCUUCUUCUCCAUCGCCACCUGGGGAAUCCUCACCUACUUUGCCUUGUGCCGCUUCCGGCGUGGCGUCAGUGAAGUCACCCUCUCCACCUACACGGAGCCCCAGCCGGAGCUCCACACCCCGUACCCUCCCACCUACGCCCCCACGUCCUACAACCCCACCACCUACACCCCCACCACUUACUCCGUGUAUCCCAACAUCGGGCCCGACGUUCGCCAGCAGCCUCUGAACCCGCAGCCUCAGGGGGACGCGGGCUACCAGCCGCCCAACUACUGAGGCAGAGGCCGCACGGACAUGGCGGCGAUCCAGGUCCCUGCAGCGGCACUGCACACACAGAACGACAUCCUAUUGAUUUGGUUUUACAGUUGAUUUAACACCGAUUCCCACGUGUUGUCAGAUCCGCGAGGCCGAGCGGUGCAGCUGCAGCUUCUGGAUGAGGAACAUUGUGGUUUACAUCAAAAGGUCUUGGGUCAGAUUUCAGGACAUCACAUUAUUUGCUGAGAUUACUGCUGAUGCUCAGGUUAUCUGACCUUAGGCCUGUGUGCAACUAUGCAACUUUUACCUCAAACGGGCGGACCCUGAAGUAGAAGUAGAUAAAAUGUACACAGGAGGGCAAAGGUCACACAAUGUAUCAUAAGAGAGGUUGUUUUUUUUCAGAGCGCUGGCGGUGAACACUGAAUGUGUUUCACAUUACCUUCAGUUGGAGCCUAUGAUCAUUAAGUUAUAGAUUUCACUAUGCAAAGUUGUUUUAGUUGAUGUAUGUGACUGAUUUUCUUUCCAGUGGGUUUAGUGGCUUUCUUCCCUUUUCAGAGCAGUAUUUGGCCUGUAACUGGCAGACUGCAGUAAAACGCCCCUGUAUUCACCAUAUGUUGCUGACAGAAGAAAAGACAAAAGAUCCUCACUUUUCUUAACUGACAUGGCAAUGCAACAAAUCUGUCUUGAUAAAAAAUGGGUAUUAAACCAUAAAUGUGUUCAUCAGAAUAUGAGUUUCAACUUGUAGCUAACAUUGGAAUAAACCGAAGGGAAAAGAAUGUACAUAGCUGUGCACUUCCAGUAAUAAACUACUGAGCGUGUCCUCACACUGAAGCAUUACUUAUUAUCUGCCGGCAGCAGUGCUUCCUCUUCAGCCUGUGACCAGACACUUCCUCCCAGCUCUGGGUGAUAUUCAGCUCUCUGAGCAGAUCCGUAUCUCCUGCUCAGUCUUUUGUGUGUAACCUUUGGAGGCUGGAAUCAGCCUGUUGGCUGUCGCAGUCCCCGCCUCAGAGAGGCUACUGCUUUGUGGCUUUGACGGUUUAACAGCUCAGCUGCCUGCUGAUGUGGAGGUGUAGGCACUGAAACAAUGUGCACCGACGCCCUGGUAGUAACAAUGUAAAGAUAUCGAUGAUCAAGUUUGUCCCUUGGAAGAAAGUAUUACUGAGGCCAGAUACUAAGAAAAUCAUUCAGACUGUAGUAUUGUUUUUUUGAGGAAAGAAAAUGAAUGUGAGCGUGAUGUACUGAUAGAAUACUGACAUUAUAAUUUAGGGUACAGCUGUGUAUCACAGCUGCCUCCACUGCUGUGCUUGAGUAACGAUUGUGUGUUUUCAUGCUCCAGAGAAUUAGUUCCAUCCUUUUGUUAAACAUUAAAUGUCUCCUGCUAUACCAGCUCUAACCAGCGCCUUCCUGUAAAAUAUCAAAAUUGUACCAAAAGGCAGCAGUUUAAAUUUAAAGUACAAAGCUGCAGACUUUGUGAAGUUAAUUAUAUUUUGGUGAAGGUUUUAGAUGCAGACCGUAAUGCUUCUGGUUGGCUUGAUUUAUUUCUUUUCACAUGAUUUGAAAGUUGGUUUUGUCCAGUGAUUUGCAAACCUCUCAUUUGUUGUCAUUUCAACGUGUCAAAUGCACGGCCAUGAUUUACUUGACACUUGUUUAUAGAAUAAACUUAUUGCUAUGAUAGUCAA